UAAAUAUCACAGAAUCAAUGUAUUCAUACCAAAUAUCUAAUCAAAAUCCAUCACCUUGAUAUCAAAUUAUAAGCAUGGCUAACCUAAGACAGUUAUGUGCACUUGUUUUGUGCAUCUUUGUGGCUGCAUUACAUGCACAGGCUGUGAUAAACUGCGGUUUGGUCUCCGAGAACCUUGCGCCAUGCCUUGCAUUCCUAGAGAGCGGUCAAGGACCGUCCGCAGCUUGCUGUAAUGGUGUUAAAACCCUUAAAACUAUGGCUGCUACUGUCCAGGACAGAAGAACUGCUUGCAGGUGCAUGAAAUCUACUGCUGCUGCUAUUCCUGGUAUCAGCCAGAAGUACACUGCUGCACUUCCUAGCAAAUGUGGAGUUAGUCUUCCAGGAGCAGUUGGGCCCCAGACAGACUGCAAUCAGGACGACUUCUAUCUAAAUUCCUUCUAUACAGUCAAACCAACACAUCUUCAGGUUAUGAGUAAGGUAAAAGGCUUGUGAAUCAUCCAUGUAGUAAGGGCAAGCAUAUCGGCCCGCCGUACUCCACCCGGACAACAUCGAAUAAGCUGGAAAGUCAUUGAUUGUCCACAUUAAAGCUCCUCGCAGUUGAAAAUUCUCCUUUCUUGACACAUCUAAUGUACAUAUCCCCUCCUUCCACAACAUAUUCAGCUCUUGUAUUAGUGGUUGAAGAUAUAAGUCAAUGUUGUGCUUUGGAUUACCGCGAGACCUUAUUCCCCCAAUAUAUCAAACAUCCGUUAGGACAACAAUCUAUCUUCCCAACGGGUAAUCCAAAGGCAGAUAUUUGUUUUUUCGUUUCGUAGAAGCUGUUUACCAUCGUAUUCUCUUCUGAUAACACUUCGUUCACAAUAGCACAAAUAUCAUGCACCAUCUGGAAACACACUAAAAUUCAUUUUUAACACCUAAAUAUAAUA